AUGGCUCUGACAUCAUGGAAAGCGUUCAACUUCAUCGACGUCUCGCCGGUCAAGAUACCGGACGAGAGCUCCGCGCUGUUCGGUAGCGACCUUUCAAGCCUCUGCACCGGCUCCGCGAACCUUUUCCUCGGCACCACUGAUGGCUUCGUUCACAUCGUUACCCAAGGCUUCCGCGUUGCGCGCUCAUUCAAGGCCCACGACACCGGCUUGAUCACCCACAUGAAGCAGAUUAAUGGCACUUCCCUACUCGUCACGGUUUCGGAGGAUCUCCCGAACGAACCUGUGUUAAAGGUCUGGGCGCUGGAUACGGAGAAGAAAGGCGGCGGGCCACAAUGUCUGUCCACAGUGUCUGUGCAGAAUGGGCGACGGCCAUCUCCGAUUUCGGCAUUUGCGGCUGUCGACGAUCUCUCCCAAGUGGCGGUUGGUUUCGCGAAUGGAUCUGUGACGAUUGUCCGGGGCGACCUAAUCCACGAUCGUGGCGCGCGCCAGCGCAUUGUCUUCGAGUCGGAAGAGCCGAUUACAGGCCUUGAAACGCAGGAGGGCUCUGUCACUGUGCUUUAUAUCGCGACGACAAACAGGAUUCUCACACUGGUAAUUUCGGGACGGGGACAGGGUCAGCCUGCGCGCAUACUGGAUAACAUGGGAUGUGCGUUGGGUUGCAUGACGCCGGACCAGGAAACGGGGGAGAUUCUCAUUGCCAGAGAGGAUGCGGUCUACACAUACGGUUCUCGUGGCCGUGGGCCGAGUUAUGCUUUCGAGAGCCCCAAGACGUCUAUCAAGUCGUUCCGCGACUACGUGGCGUUAGUUUGCCCACCCAAAGCAGGAACCGGGAGGCGCGAAUCGUUGCGAAAGUACGGUGUCAGCCCUGGAGACGAGAUCUUCGGCACAACGACAUUUACACUGCUUGAUACCGACCUCAAGUUUAUUUCUCACAGCGAAGCGCUAGUGGCGCCGAUGAAGCACAUUUUCAUGGAAUGGGGCGACCUGUUCUUGCUCACGACUGAAGGAAAGAUCUUUAGAUAUCGGGAGAAGAGCCUCCAACAACGACUUGAAAUACUCUACGAGCGCAACCUCUACAUCCUGGCUAUCAAUCUUGCGCAAAAGAUUGGCAUCGAUCCACUGCAGCAGAAUGCCAUCUAUCGCAAAUACGGUGAUUUCUUGUACCAACGCGGCGACUACGAUACGGCUAUGCAGCAGUAUCUUCGGGCAAUUGACAACACGGAGCCAUCUCAAGUUAUUCGCAAAUAUCUGGAUACACAGCGAAUUCACAACUUGAUCGAGUAUCUGGAGGAACUGCACGACCAUGGCCGUGCCACGGUCGACCACACAACACUUCUCUUGAACUGCUACGCGAAGUUGAAGGAUACCAGCAAGCUGGACUCAUUCAUUCAAGCUCCUGGUGAGCUCAAGUUUGAUCUGGAAACGGCAAUUGCAAUGUGCCGCCAGGGCGGAUACUUCGAGCAAGCGGCCUACCUUGCCACAAAACACGGAGAAAAUGACAUGGUGGUGGAUAUCCUCAUCGAAGAUUCCAAGAAGUAUGCUGAAGCCGUGGAGUAUAUCUGGCGGUUGGAACCCGAAGCGGCAUAUCACAAUCUGAUGAAAUACGCCCGGGUCCUCUUGGCUCACUGCCCUGAGCGAACAACGGAACUCUUCAAGGUUUACUAUACAGGACAGUAUCGGCCGCACACGGAUGUAGAACUACCGUCCGAGUCCCAAACUCAACCUACAAGUACCAUGCAAAGUCUUGCUGGUCUUCUCCCCUUGCGGUAUAUGACUGGCGGUAUAAGGUCUCAACCCACUGCCCCAGCUCCCGAAAAUGUCAAGGCUGAAGAGAACCCCGACAAUGUCCCACUGGAAUAUGAGGUUCCAAAGCCUCGGACUGCGUUCUCGGCAUUUGUUGACCACCCACAAAAGUUCAUCAGCUUCCUGGAGACCCUCGUGCAACAGCCCGACCUGAAGAGGGACGCUAAAGUUGAUCUCUUCACUACGCUCUUCGAGAUGUAUCUCGACACGGCCAAGAGAAAGAAAGACGCGGCAGAGAAACAAGAAUGGGAGAACAAGGCAAAGAAGCUGAUUGAAGGGAAAGAUAUUCCCAUUUCCACCUCCAAUGUCCUCCUUCUCUCCGACCUAUCCAACUUCCGGGAAGGUUCCACAUUGGUUCGCGAGCAAGAAGGCCUCCGCCUAGACAUAUUCAGAUCGUUCACGUCCGCCAAGGAUACUCAAGGUGCCAUCCAAGCUUUGAGGCGCUACGGACCAGACGAGCCUCAGCUUUACGUCGAUGCCUUGACGUACUUUGCUUCAAGCCCACAGAUCCUCGAAGAAGCAGGCGACGAGCUGGACGUAGUCCUGCGCCGCAUCGACCAAGAUGGCCUUCUCUCCCCACUACAAGUGAUUCAAGCUCUCAGCAACAACGCCGUGGUCACAAUGGGCCGAGUCAAGAAAUAUUUAUGCGACAAUAUCGACCGCGAACGCAAAGAGAUUACAACUAACCGCCGCCUCAUAACAAGCUACAAAUCCGAAACAGCCACCAAGAAAGAAGAACUCGACAACCUCGCCAGCCAACCCGUCGUCUUCCAAUCCCGUCGCUGCCAAUCCUGUGGCGGCACGCUCGACCUGCCCACCGUGCACUUCCUCUGCCGCCACUCCUUCCACGAACGCUGUCUCAAUCGUGUCGACGACGAUGCCCAGUGUCCCGUUUGCGCGCCGACAAAUUCGACGCUCCGUGCUAUCCGUCAGCGCCAGGUUGACUCGGCUGAUCAGCAUGAUCUGUUCAAGGCGGAGUUGUCGCGCUCGAGGGAUCGGUUCGGUGUUGUCAGUGAGUUCUUUGGGAGGGGGGUUAUGAGGUCGCAGGCGACGAUGGAUUAG